GGUAAAGUUCCCUAAAAUUCACAGCAAAAAUUUUGGGACUUUUCACUAAAUCAUAGAAAAUUUACCUUUUUUUUUCCCUGGGAGCUGAAGAUAUUUUAGAGAAGAAUUAAUCUUUUGUUUCUCCAGUUGAACAUUUUCUAGCAAUACGAGCCAUGCAAACAGAACUCUCUACCUGCUUCUUUCUGUGCCUUUUGCCAUUCAGCUUUAGUGCCACCAGAAGAUACUACCUGGGUGCUGUGGAACUGUCCUGGGACUAUAUGCAAAGUGAACUGCUCAGUGAGCUGCACGUGGACACAAGGUUUUCUCCUACGGUGCCAAGAUCUUUGCCAUUCAACACAUCAGUCAUGUACAAAAAGACUGUGUUUGUAGAGUUUACAGAUGACCUUUUCAACAUUGCCAAGCCCAGGCCACCAUGGAUGGGUCUGCUGGGUCCUACCAUCCGUGCUGAAGUUUAUGACACAGUGGUCAUUAUACUUAAGAACAUGGCUUCUCAUCCUGUCAGUCUUCAUGCUGUUGGUGUAUCCUAUUGGAAAGCUUCUGAAGGUGCUGAAUAUGAGGAUCAGACCAGCCAAAAGGAGAAGGAAGAUGAUAAAGUCAUUCCUGGUGAAAGCCAUACCUAUGUCUGGCAGGUCCUGAAAGAGAACGGUCCAAUGGCCUCUGAUCCACCAUGUCUCACCUACUCAUAUUUUUCUCAUGUGGACCUGGUGAAAGACCUGAAUUCAGGCCUCAUUGGAGCCCUGCUGGUUUGCAAAGAAGGGAGUCUGGCCAAAGAAAGGACACAGACCUUGCAUGAAUUUGUACUACUUUUUGCUGUAUUUGAUGAAGGGAAAAGUUGGCACUCAGAAACAAAUGAGUCUUUGACACAGGCUUUGGAUCCUGCAUCCGCUCAGGCCCAGCAUGAAAUGCACACAGUCAAUGGCUAUAUAAACAGGUCUCUGCCAGGUCUGACUGGAUGUCACAAGAGAUCAGUCUAUUGGCAUGUGAUUGGAAUGGGCACCACCCCCGAAGUGCACUCAAUUUUUCUAGAAGGUCACACAUUUCUUGUGAGGAACCAUCGCCAGGCCUCCUUGGAGAUCUCAUCAGUAACUUUCCUUACUGCUCAGACAUUCCUGAUGGACUUUGGCCAGUUUCUACUGUUUUGUCAUAUCCCUUCCCACCAACAUGGUGGUAUGGAAGCUUAUGUCAAAGUAGAUAGCUGCCCAGAGGAACCCCAACUACGGAUGAAAAAUAAUGAAGAAGAGGAAGAUUAUGGUGAUCUUUAUGACUCUGACAUGGACGUGGUUAGCUUUGAUGAUGACAACUCCUCUCCCUUUAUCCAAAUCCGCUCAGUUGCCAAGAAGCAUCCUAAAACUUGGGUCCACUAUAUUGCUGCUGAAGAGGAAGACUGGGACUAUGCUCCCUCAGGCCCCACCCCCAAUGAUAGAGGUUAUAAAAAUCUGUAUUUGAACAAUGGUCCUCAGCGGAUUGGUAGGAAGUACAAAAAAGUCCGAUUUAUGGCAUACACAGAUGAAACAUUUAAGACUCGUGAAGCUAUUCAGUAUGAAUCAGGAAUCCUGGGACCUUUACUUUAUGGAGAAGUUGGAGACACACUGUUGAUUAUAUUUAAGAAUCAAGCAAGCCGGCCUUAUAACAUCUACCCUCAUGGAAUCACUGAUGUCAGUCCUUUGCACUCAGGGAGAUUGCCAAAAGGUGUGAAACAUUUGAAAGAUAUGCCAAUUCUGCCAGGAGAGGUAUUCAAGUAUAAAUGGACAGUGACUGUAGAAGAUGGGCCGACUAAAUCAGAUCCUCGGUGCCUGACCCGAUAUUACUCAAGCUUCAUUAAUCUGGAGAGAGAUCUAGCUUCAGGACUCAUUGGCCCUCUCCUUAUCUGCUACAAAGAAUCUGUAGAUCAAAGAGGAAACCAGAUGAUGUCAGACAAGAGAAAUGUCAUCCUGUUUUCUGUAUUUGAUGAGAAUCGAAGCUGGUACCUCACAGAGAAUAUGCAGCGCUUCCUCCCCAAUGCAGAUGUAGUGCAGCCCCAUGAUCCAGAGUUUCAAGUCUCUAACAUCAUGCACAGCAUCAAUGGCUAUGUUUUUGACAACUUGCAGCUGUCAGUUUGUUUGCAUGAGGUGGCAUACUGGUACAUUCUAAGUGUUGGAGCACAAACUGACUUCUUGUCUGUCUUCUUCUCUGGAUAUACCUUCAAACACAAAAUGGUCUAUGAAGACACGCUUACCCUAUUCCCAUUCUCAGGAGAAACUGUCUUCAUGUCAAUGGAAAACCCAGGUCUGUGGGUUCUAGGGUGCCACAAUUCAGACUUUCGGAACAAAGGUAUGACAGCCUUACUGAAGGUUUCUAGUUGUAACAGGAACAUUGGUGAUUAUUAUGAGGACACAUAUGAAGAUAUUCCAGUUUCCCUGCUGAAUGAAAACAAUGUCAUUGCACCCAGAAGCUUCUCCCAGAAUUCAAGGCACCCUAGCACCAAGCAAAAACAAUUCAAAGCCACCACAACUCCAGAAAAUGACAUAGAGAAGAUUGACCCUCAGUAUGCAGAAAGAACACCGCUGCUUAAAGCACAAAGUGUCUCCUCUAGUGAUUUGUUGAUGCUGCUGGGACAGAAUCCUACUCCGCAUGGAUUAUUCUUAUCUGGUCUCCAGGAAGCCACACAUGAAGCUGAUGGUCAUUUACUUGGAGCAAUAGAAGGAAACAAGGGCCCAUCUGAAGUGGCAAGUCUCAGACCAGAGCUCCACCACAGUGGGGACAGAGUAUUUACUCCUAAGCCAGAAGUGCAAUUAAGAUUAAAUGAGAAUUUGGGGACAACUAUAACAGUAGAGUUGAAUAAACUUGAUUUAAAGAUUUCUAGUUCAUCAAACAGUCUAAUGACUUCACCAACAAUUCCAUCAGACAAGUUGGCAGCAGGUCCUGAAAAGACAGAUUCCUUAGAACCCCCAAAUAUGUCAGUUCACUUUAAUAGUCAUUUAGGUACCAUUGUAUUUGGUGAAAAUUCAUCUCACCUUAUUCAGUCUGGUGUACCUUUGGGCUUGAGUGAAGGAGAUAAUGAUUCCAAGUUGUUAGAAGCAGCUUUAAUGAAUAGUCAAGAAAGUUCACUGGGAGAAAAUGUAUUAUCAAUGGAGAGUAAUAGAUUAUUUAAAGAAGAAAGAGUUCAUGGACCUGCUUCAUUAAUCAAAGAUAAUGCUUUAUUCAAAGUUAAUAUCUCUUUGGUAAAGAUAAACAAGACAUCAGUUAACUCAACAAUUAAUAGAAAGACUCAUGUUGAUGUCCCAACAUUAUUUAUUGAGAACAGUACAUCAGUCUGGCAAGAUACUAUAUUAGAAAGUAAUACUGAGUUACAAGAAGUGAUUUCUUUGAUUCAUAAUGAAACAUUUAUGGACAGAAAUAUUACAGCUUUGGGGCUAAAUCAUGUGUCAAAUAAAACCACUUCAUCAAAAAAUGUGGAAAUGGCCCACCAAAGAAAAGAAGACCCUGUGCCACUAGGUACAGAAAAUCCAGAUCUGUCAUUCUUCAAGAUACCGUUCUUGCCAGAUUCAGCAAAUCGGAUAAAAAGGACCCAUGGCAAGAACUCCCUGAGCUCUGAGCAAAGGCCCAGUCCAAAGCAAUUAACAUCUUUAGGAUCAGAAAAAUCUGUGAAAGAUCAGAAUUUUUUGUCAGAGGAGAAGGUGGUAAUAGGAGAGGAUGAAUUUACAAAGGACAUAGGACUCAAAGAGAUGAUUUUUCCAAAGAGCAAGAGUAUAUUUUUUACUAAUUUGGCUAAUGUCCAAGAAAAUGAUACAUACAAUCAAGAAAAAAAAUCUCAGGAAGAGAUAGAAAGAAAGGAAAAAUUAACCCAAGAGAAUAUGGUUUUGCCUCAGGUAUAUACAGUGAUUGGCACUAAGAAUUUCCUGAAGAACCUUUUCUUACUAAGCACUAAGCAAAAUGUAGAAGGUUUAGAUGAGCAGCCAUAUACUCCAAUACUUCAAGACACCAGGUCAUUAAAUGAUUCAGCACAUAGAGAAGGAAUUCACACAGCCAACUUCUCAAAAAUAAGGGAAGAAGCAAACUUGGAAGGCCUGGGAAAUCAAACAAAGCAAAUGGUAGAGAGAUUUCCAAGCACUACAAGGAUGUCUCCUAAUCCAAGUCAGCACCUUAUCACUCAACGUGAUAAGCGGGCUUUGAAAGAACCCAGACUCUCACUAGAAGAAAUAAAAUUUGAAAGGUGGGUAAUUUUGAAUGACACCUCAACCCAGUGGUCCAAAAACAUGAACUAUUUGACCCAGGGCACCCUCACAAAGAUAGAGUACAAUGAGAAAGAAAAAAGAGCCAUUACUCAGUCCCUCCUAUCAGAUUGUUCUAUGAGGAUUCAUGGCCUUAUUCAAAUGAAUGAUUCUGCAUUACCUAGUGCAAAAGUAUCAGCAUUUCCAUCAAUUAGACAUACAGAUCUGACCAAGAUCCCAUCCCAAGACGACAACUCUCAUCUUCCAGCAUCAGCCUGUAAUUAUACCUUUAGGGAGAGGAGUUCUAGGGUCCAAGAAAGGAGUCAUUUCUUACAAGAAGCCAAAAGAAAUAACCUUUCUUUAGCCUUCCUAACCUUAGAAAUGAUUGGAGGUCAAGGAAAGUUCAGCUCCAUGGGGAAAAGUGCCACAAACCAACCCCCGUACAAGAAACUUGAAAACACUGUUCUCUUGAAACCAGGCUUGUCUAAAACAUCUGGUAAAGGUCAAGUACUGCCUAAAGUUCGUGUUCAUCAGGACUCUUUACCUACAAAAACUAGCAAUGAUUCUCCUGGCCACCUGGAUCUCAUGGAAAAGAUCUUUCUUCAGAAAACACAGGGACCUGUUAAAUUGAAUAAAACAAAUAGACGUGGAAAAGUGCCCUUUCUGAAAUGGGCAACAGAAAGCUCUUGGAGGGAGAAGAUUCCCUCCAAGCUGCUGGGUCCCCUUGCUUGGGAUAACCACUCUGCUACCCAGAUACCAAGAGAAGAGUGGAAAUCCCAAAAGAAGUCACAGAAAAACACAGCUUUUAAGAGAAAGGACACCAUUUUGCCCCUGGGCCCUUGUGAAAAUAAUCAUUCAAUAGCAGCAAUAAAUGAAGGACAAGAUAAGCCCCAAAGAGAAGCCACCUGGGCAAAGCAAGGAGGAACUGGAAGGUUGUGCUCUCAAAACCCACCAGUCUCAAGACGCCAUGAAAGGGAAAUAACCCUUAGUACUCUUCAGCCAGAGGAAGACAAAUUUGAGUAUGAUGACACCUUCUCAAUUGAAAUGAAGAGAGACGAUUUUGACAUCUAUGGUGAAGAUGAAAAUCAGGGCCUCCGCAGCUUUCAAAAGAGAACACGACACUAUUUCAUUGCUGCAGUGGAGCGUCUCUGGGAUUAUGGGGCUCAAGGUGUGGAUGUCCCUCAGUUCAAGAAGGUGGUUUUCCAGGAAUUUACUGAUGGAUCCUUUACUCAGCCCUUAUACCGUGGAGAACUAAACAAACACUUGGGACUCUUGGGGCCAUAUAUAAGAGCAGAAGUUGAAGACAAUAUCAUGGUAACUUUCAAAAACCAGGCCUCUCGUCCCUACUCCUUCUAUUCUAGCCUUAUUUCUUACGAGGAAGAUCAGAGGCAAGGAGCAGAACCUAGAAGAAAGUUUGUCAACCCUAAUGAAACCAAAAUUUACUUUUGGACAGUGCAACAUCAUAUGGCACCCACGAAAGACGAGUUUGACUGCAAAGCCUGGGCUUAUUUUUCUGAUGUUGAUUUGGAAAAAGAUGUGCACUCAGGCUUGAUUGGACCCCUUCUGAUCUGCCGCAGCAACACACUGAAUCCUGCUCACGGGAGACAAGUGACAGUGCAGGAAUUUGCUCUGUUUUUCACUAUUUUUGAUGAGACUAAGAGCUGGUACUUCACUGAAAACCUGGAAAGGAACUGCAGAGCUCCCUGCAAUAUCCAGAAGGAGGAUCCCACUCUUAAAGAAAAUUACCGCUUCCAUGCAAUCAAUGGCUAUGUGAUGGAUACACUACCUGGCUUAGUAAUGGCUCAGGAUCAAAAGAUUCGAUGGUAUCUGCUCAGCAUGGGCAGCAAUGAAAACAUCCAUUCUAUUCAUUUCAGUGGACAUGUGUUCACUGUACGGAAAAAAGAGGAAUAUAAAAUGGCAGUCUACAACCUCUAUCCAGGUGUUUUUGAGACCGUGGAAAUGCUACCAUCCAAAGUUGGAAUUUGGCGGAUAGAAUGCCUUAUUGGUGAACACCUACAAGCUGGGAUGAGCACUUUUUUUCUGGUGUACAGCAAAAAGUGUCAGACUCCACUGGGAAUGGCUUCUGGACGCAUUCGAGAUUUUCAGAUUACAGCUUCAGGACAAUAUGGACAGUGGGCCCCAAAGCUGGCCAGACUUCAUUAUUCCGGAUCAAUCAAUGCCUGGAGCACCAAGGAUCCCUUUUCCUGGAUCAAGGUGGAUCUGUUGGCACCAAUGAUUAUUCACAGCAUCAUGACCCAGGGUGCCCGUCAGAAGUUCUCCAGCCUCUACAUCUCUCAGUUUAUCAUCAUGUAUAGUCUUGAUGGAAAGAAGUGGCAGAGUUAUCGAGGGAAUUCCACUGGGACCUUAAUGGUCUUCUUUGGCAAUGUGGAUUCAUCUGGGAUAAAACACAAUAUUUUUAACCCUCCAAUUAUUGCUCGGUACAUCCGUUUGCACCCAACACAUUACAGCAUCCGCAGCACUCUUCGCAUGGAGCUGAUGGGCUGUGAUUUAAACAGUUGCAGCAUGCCACUGGGGAUGGAGAAUAAAGCAAUAUCGGAUGCCCAGAUUACUGCCUCAUCCUACUUAAACAGUAUGUUUGCCACUUGGUCUCCUUCACAAGCCCGAUUGCACCUCCAGGGGAGGACUAACGCCUGGAGACCUCAGGCAAAUAAUCCAAAAGAGUGGCUGCAAGUGGACUUCCAGAAGACAAUGAAAGUCACAGGAAUAACCACACAGGGGGCAAAAUCGCUCCUUACCAGCAUGUAUGUGAAGGAGUUCCUCAUCAGCAGUAGUCAAGAUGGCCACGACUGGACUCUUUUUCUUCACAAUGGCAAAGUAAAGGUUUUUCAGGGAAAUCAAGACUCUUUCACACCUGUGGUGAACUCUCUAGACCCGCCACUACUGACUCGCUACCUUAGAAUUUACCCCCAGAGCUGGGCACGCCAGAUUGCCCUGAGGCUGGAGGUUCUGGGCUGUGAGGCACAGCAGCUGUACUGAGCGGCCAGCACCCCUCUCAGACUUGUCUUCUGCCUCCAAGCCCAGCCUCCAGGUUAUUUCCUGCCCCACGAUGUCCAUGGCGCCAUGACUUUUCUGUGUGGUUAAACUACACAGUCCUAGCAGACACUGCCCUGAAGCCUCCCAAAUCAAUUGUCAUUAAUCCUGCGUUUCCUGGGAGCGUUGCAUUCAGUUGAACUCUUCACCAUUUGGUGCAACUGCUCCCAGAUUGGCUUUUCCUUCCCAUGUUAUGAGGAAAGGAGAAAACUCUGGAAAGCAUUCUCCUCCUGACAAAUUAGGUCUCUCACACAGCCACCACUUCCUCUUUUGUAGAAAAACAGUGUGUUUAAAGUUGGCAGAAGAUAUUCAUGACGUAAGCAUUUCAGAUUAGGCUUCAUACAUUUAAAAUAAAACUCUCAUUUGUUUCUUAUCCUGGUGAAGCAUGGAGCAAAACAUGUUUGGGGAUCAUAUCACCACAGCCUUGAAGCCAAAGGCAAGUCAUCUUAACAAUCUGCAAAAUGUAGAUAAUGUAAGAACCAGUACAUAAAGUCUAUUUUUGCCUCCUUAUAGAUAUAGGUAUAGAUAGAUACAAUUAUCUUAGUUGGUCAUCCUGGGGCAUUGUUAGUGGCAUACUCUUACCUCAAAAACUAGUGUUUUUAGACUGAGACUCACAGGUGGGAUUCAAGAACCGCCCCCCCAUCCCCUGACAUUAUAUACAACAUUAUGUAUGAAUGCAUAUAUGCGUUUUUCUGACAACAGUGUCCAAAGAUUUCAUCAGAGUUUUAAAGGAGCGAAUGGCUUUAAAGAGUUCAGUUUAAUCUCAGAAGGAUGUACAAAUAAAGCCAUUUGGUCUUAAUUCUAAUCAACAAGUAAAAUAAUAGGUUAGGAUCACAGAAGUAAAAUGACAAUGUCCCCUUGAAAUUUGUGGUGACCAAGAAAGGUAAUAAUCAUAAUAGAUUUCUAAAGAGCAUAUUUUUAAUAUUCCCACAGAGAAACAAGGACAAUCCAUGGCUAUCUGGGAUAGGAGCUUCACCUGUAUAAUUCUAGUGAUACACUCAUUUUACUCCCUCCCUCAGCUAAUUUCCUGCUGAAACACAGCAAAAAUGAAGCAGGGGAAAUUCUAUACCGUGACUGGAAACUAGAGUCCCAAUUACAUAGUUGGAGUUUCAAGGAGUCAGAAGAACAUUGAGCUGGUGAAAGCUGAGAGAAAACACUUCUAGUGUGCCACACCCACCACGCAGGACGAGCCUCCACCUUGCCCAUGCUUUGUGCUCUGUGCGUGAGGCCGUGAAGGCUUUACUACUUCUUACAUCUGCUUGCUCCCCUCACUAUGACUCCACAAACAUUUCCUAGAUGGCAAAGGGGGCUAGAGGCAAGGAUAAACCAUAGAGCAGUUGGAGGAAGCAUCCAAAGUUGGCAAUCCAGAGCAAUUUAAAAACAGGAGUUCCUAGUAUAAGAGAAAAAUGUAUUACAAUCUCAGAAGAAGUAAGAAAAUAAAUGCUUUUUUUCCCCAAGCUAGAGCAUUUUCUAAUAAUCCUGCUUGACACUGAUCUGACCUUUUGGGGGCAUGUAGCACAACUGUCACAGUAGAAUCACAAACCACAACCCAUGAAGGUACAAAGGGUCAUAAUUCUGUAAGAUUGUCAGGUUAGAGGUUAAUUUACAGAAAUCAAUAAAUUGUUUUUCUUAAUAGCCUGGUAGAAAAGUUAAGCCCAAAGGUGAUAUGGUUUUAUUUCCUGUAAAAGGUUAGUCACUCUUAUGUCUAACUUAAUGACCUUGUUUUGGCAUUCUUUUCAUAUUGACUAUAUACAUCUCUAUUUCUCAAAUGCUCUUGGCCCCAGGCCUUUUGUCUUCCUGCUGGUUUCCUCAAUAACUAGUUAAAUAAAAUCUUGGCACAUA